AUGUUGUCUAAUGUUGUGAAUAUAGUUACUGGUUCUUCUAAACGCUUAUUGGAGUUACAGAUUGCACAUGGCAUAGAGGUUGACAAAUUUAUGGCUAGUGGAGAAUGUGAGACUGGUCGAGGACUUAAUCAAAUUGGGAAUUUGCAACGACCAGGAUCAACAAGGUGGAGUUCUCACUUUAAUUGUGUUUGUAGCUUGAUUGAUAGGUUUGGUUCAAUAAUUAUUGUGUUGGAAAGUAACAAUAAUUGUAGUACUUCUUCGAACUCUAUGCGUGGAAAAUCCAGAGGUUCUUUAAAGGCGUUGAAAUCAUUUGACUUUGUAUUUGUGUUACAUUUGAUGCAUAAGAUCAUGGGCAUUACAGAGUUGCUUUGCCGAGCCUUACAAAGUAAAUCAAUUGAUAUUUUGAAUGCCAUGAAUUUAGUUGCAACAAUAAAAGAAUUGUUACAAUCUUUGAGAGAUGAAGGUUUUGAUAUUCUUUUGGAUUAUGUCAUGUCGGUGUGUGAAAAAUAUGACAUUGACAUACCAGAUAUGAAUGCUCGUUAUAUGGAUGGUAUUCGUUCUGUGAGACAAAGAGAUAAUAUAUCCGUUGAGCAUCAUUAUCAUUAUGAUAUAUUUAAUUCUGCAAUUGAUUUUCAGUUGGAAGAGCUUCAUUACAGGUUCGAUGAUGAUGUUGUGCAGCUUUUGAGACUAAGUACAUCUUUGGAACCGAAGAACAAUUUUAGGUUGUUUGACAUUGAGAAUAUUUGUACACUUGUUACUACCUUUUAUCCUGCUGAUUUUGGACAACAAGAGAUGUACCAUCUUAAACUACAACUUGAUCACUACAAGAUUGAUGUGGUUACUCAUACUAAGUUUCAGGAUUUGUCUACUCUUUCCGAGUUAUGUGUACGACUGGUUGAUACAGGAAAGUCAGAGCGCUAUAGUUUGAUUUAUAGGUUGAUUUGUCUUGUGUUGACACUUCCUGUUUCUACAGCAACUACAGAAAGGGUUUUUUCAGCUAUGAAAUUAAUGAAGACUGGUCUUCGAAAUAAAAUGGAGGAAGAAUAUUUGAGAGACUCUAUGCUUAUUAAUAUUGAGAGGGAGUAUGCUGAAAACAUUGAUGUGGAUGAGGUGAUAGAUGAAUUUUAA